UGGAGGGUUAUCCGUUUCUCACAAAAUGGCCGGAAGGAAACGCAAAAGUCCUCAAGACUCCUCUGAUGAGAUUUACAGCAACAAAUCGCGUUCUCGACCUUCCGCUGACGCCAAAGUUGACCCAACUUACGGCCAACGGAGCGCGAUACCAGGUUUGGACGACGACACCGCAUUUGGAGAAGAUGAUCUUGUCUACGAAGAGGAUAUGGCUGCGCUGGAAUACCUGAGAUCUGUGAGGCUGGAAGCUUUCGGCAUCCCCAAUCUCUUGGUUGCGCCAAAGACACCAACAGGAGAUGAUGAUUACGACUUGUACCAAGAUGGAGUUGGUGAUUUUCGGGGACGAUAUGAAGACGGUGCAUAUCUCGCAGCUACAGACCCAGCUGCGGAAGGUUAUCUGGGUUCAUCGCCGCAGGACGAGAUAGAUCCACAAGCUGCCUAUUUCGAGUCCAUAAUUACACGGUAUCACGAGCUACGUUCUCGAUUGUCACAAGUGCCGCCCAACGAAAUCAUCCAGAGCCUCGGUCCGAAUCAUCCAACACAAGUUGGCCCGUUAAAUAAGACACUCACGCGGUCGUGGAUCAAGCGAUUGCAACAAUCUCACCCAAAGCCAGCACAAAUCGCUUGUAUGAACAAGGGCUCGGCGCUGAGAUUGUUGAGGCUCCUUACACAAGGCUCCAUCCUGAAGAGAGAAUCGCAAGUAGAUUUCGGAAUAAGCUACUGGGUUUGGAGUCUUCUGGCAAAAUUGCCGGAACGGGGUGAGUUGAACAGCGAGGAGAUCGGCGUGGUAAGAGAACUGGGGAAGAAGGCUGUAUUGAUUGGAAUGGGGUUGAGAGAACUGAAAGAAUGGCAACAAGGUAUAGAAGAUGUGGAGGCACAGUUCGAGGAGGAUUUGGACAGCGAACAUCAUGCCGUUGUCAAUGAAGAAGAAAUCAAUCUGGAAGCAGGAGACGACGACUAUGACGAAAGUUAUAUCGAGGAGGGUGCCGGCAUGGGUCAUUCAGCAGCUGACUGUCAGUCAACCCAUACCAGUUCACAAGCACCACCUGCCGGGUUUGACAUGUUGGAUGUGGAUGGAGAUACAGAACCACCGGUGAGUGCUAGCUCCCAAACACUCGUGGCCGGUAUCGAGCCUAUCGUUACUACUGAGAAUAUGGAGCACUCGGAGAGAAGAACACCCUCCAGAGAUAGUGAUGUGGACGAUUCUGGGGCCUUGGCAGCAAUGAAGGCACAAGCGCUCGGUCGACUACAGUUAUCCGAACCUCAAGUCAAUCUUGAGCCAGAAGUACCGCCGUCAGCCACACCGAAUACUAGGCCUCUCCCAUCGAAGUCAAAUACCAGAGCAACUGUAGAUAUGAUCAUUACAAUUGCUGGUGAGAUAUAUGGUCAGAGGGACUUGUUGGAGUUCAGGAGUGAGUGGGCUCACGUCAUGUAGGUACACUGUAGGUGUACUUUGUUUAGACUCGGUUCUCGUUGCAUGCAUUCCAAACAUGUCAACAUAGCAAAUCAAUAAUGAUAUCUGUCCCUGG